AUGGAAGAUUCAUCAAAGGCAAUAUUCAACAAUGAGGGCGGUCGCUAUUCGGACCAGCCGUGGAGGAUCGACGCGUCGAAACGGCGUGCGGCCAUCGCACAACCACCGCCGCGACCCGACCCCGAUCCACCAGACACGGAUUGGCAGAGGGGGAGAGAGGAAUCGAGGCGGCAGAGAGCAGUUUUGACGCCGCCACCGGCGGUAGCGUCAAUACCGCGAUUAGGGUUUGGCGACGAUUCUUCAAUUCGUGGGCCGCAGCAGGCAACCCAACCUGGUGCAUCUUCAGGGGCCAGAUACACGGUCAAGGGCGACGGGGAUCGCGGCAAGCAGCCAUCAGCUUCCGUCGCCAUCGAGGCCCCUUCAUCCUCGACCACUGACCUAUUGCUUCAAGUCAAAGACCUCUCCUCUGUCAUCGCCGAGUCCAAGCAGCCUAUCCUCAAUGGCGUUAAUCUUACCGUCCGCCAUGGAGAGGUUCAUGCUGUGAUGGGGAAGAACGGCUCAGGGAAAAGUACAUUUGCAAAGGUCCUUGCUGGUCAUCCAGAUUAUGAGGUUACAGGAGGAAGUGUAAUGUACAAAGGGCUUGAUCUGCGUGAGAUGGAACCUGAGGAAAGGGCUACUGCUGGAUUAUUUAUGAGCUUUCAAUCAUCAGUUGAAAUUCCUGGUGUAAGCAAUAUUAACUUCUUAAAUAUGGCUUACAAUGCUAGGAGGAGGAAACUUGGAUUACCAGAGCUUGGUCCACUUGAGUUUUAUGGCUACGUGGCACCUAAGCUUGAGCUCGUCAAUAUGAAGACAGACUUUUUAAACAGAUAUGUGAAUGAAGGAUUCAGCGGUGGAAAAAAAAAGCGCAAUGAGAUUUUACAGCUUGCGGUCCUUGGUGCGGAAUUUGCUAUAUUAGAUGAAAUUGAUUCUGGCUUGGAUGUGGAUGCUCUUCAAGGAGUAUAUCUUCGGAAAUAUCUAUUAUAUCUCUAUUAUUAUAUUAUCAUAUAUUUUUCCAUAUCGUUAUUAUCUUGUUCACCAAGUUAG